GAUGGAGGAUAAACAGAGGAUGGAGGGGUGAGGAUUUAAUGAGGGAGAACGGAGGGUAAAGAGAAGAUGGUGAGGAUAAAUAGGGGAUGGAUGGAUGAGGGGGGAGGAAGGGGGAGACAGCAGAAAGUCCUUCCAGCUGUGUUGGUGUAUUAUUUGCCCUCAGUUGAACCUGACAGGCAGCAGAUCCAGCCCUCUGAUUGGCUUAGAGCAGACCACGAUGCUGUCCGGUUUUCUGCACAUUUAGCUCCUUAAAUGAGGAGAAUAAACUUCAGUAUGGAUGGAGGACAGAUGUCCUGGUGAUGUUCUCCUGGAGGUUGUUAAAUGUUGUUGCCACACAUGUAACAUUCCUGCAUAGCUGCCUGGAUGUUGUCUCCAUGGAGACGGGAGGAGAUCCAGAGCAGCCUUAUGUAAACGGAUGCAGGUUCACCUCCUUUUAUUUUCAACGUGACACCGUCGUGAUUCCAGCGAGGUUUGAGUUUUCAGAGAGGAGUGGAGAGAAAUCGGAAAAACAGAUGAGGACUAAAGGAGGAGACGAAGAGAUGGUGUUACCAUGACAACGGUGAAAAACAUCCACUGACUGGAGGACGUUUACUACAAUGUCUUCCCUGUCCCAUGUCCAACAUCUGUCCCAAACUAGUUUAAAACCAAGUCCAACAUCUGUCCCAAACUAGUCCAGAACUGUCCAACAUCUGUCCCAAAUUAGUCUGCAACCAAGUCCAACAUCUGUCAAAAAUUAGUCUGAGACCAAGUCCAACAUCACUCAAAAAUUAGUUUAAAACCAAGUCCAACAUCUGUUCAAAUUUGUCCUUACAUGCACAAAAUGUUCUCUUUACUAAAACGUCGACAUGUUUUUAAGAAUGUUGAACUUAACUAAACCGGCUCGCCGUCCUUCAGGUUCGGCUGCCUCAUUCAGACCAACUAAAACAGCGUUUUGGUCUAAGUUCUGCAGCCUGCGGUCGACUUAAACCGUCAUAUGAAGCUGCAGAGUCCACUGGAAACCUCUCAGACGGACAUGUGAAGGAGAUCGAUGGAGACAGAUGAUGGAGAAAACCGUGUGGGCGAAUCCAGAGAGGCUGUUGCCAUGGCGCUGCUCCUCCACCUGUUACUGAUAGCACUGUGAUGGAAACGUCGGUGUGUUCAGAGCCUCUUGGCGUCACAAGUUUCUGUCAGCUGCAGCCACUGACUCACAAACCCAAGAUCUAACCAAAGUUUACACGGUGACGAUCGUCAGCAUCAGGAGAUGUCGGAUUGAACAGAUUCAUCCUGAAAAACCAAAACAUCCAACCAGAGUCUCAAACCAGCCUAAAACCAAUCUAAAACUAGCCCUAAACCAGUCUAAAACCAGUCCCACACCAGUGUAAAACUCGUCCUAAACCAAUCUGAAAGUAGUCCCAAGCCAGACAACAACCCAGCAUCUGUCAAAAAUCAGCCAAAACCCAAGGCUGAAAAGACUCCAAAACAUGUCCCAACCCAUUCCUAAACUAAGUCCACAAACUAGUCUAAAAUUAAGUUCCAAUUUAGUCCUAAACAAGUCUAAAAUUAGCUCCAACAUCUGUUCCAAACCAGUCUAAAAUUAAGUCCAAACCAGACAAAUAUCAAAACUAAAACCAGACCCAAACUAAUCUUAAACCCAGUUAAAAAGAAUCAGUGUUAAAGCCAGUGCAAGAUCAGUCUGAAACUAGUCCCCAGACAGUCGAAGACUAAAUCCAAACCAAACAAAUACCACAAUUAAAAUCAGAUGACAACUAAUCUUAAAACCAAGUCCAAAAGCAGUCAAAAAUAAAGUCCAACAUCAGUCCCAAACCAGUCUUAAACUUUUCGCAAACCUGACUAUAACCAAGUCUAAAACCAAGACCAAAAUCAGCCAUAAACCAAAGUUGCACAGAGUCCAGAGUGUAUCCCAAGCCAUUUUCAAACCAAGUCAAAAAACUAAUCUAAAACUAAGUCAAACUUUCUUCUGAAACUAGUCUAAAACCUGGUCCAACAUCUGUCCCAAACCAGACAAAUACUAAGUCUAAAACCAGACCCAAACCAAUCUUAAAACCAGUCUAAAACUAAAUGUAAAAGCAGUCAAAAUCCAAGACAAACAUCUGUCCCAAACCAGAUUAUAACCAAGUUGAAAAACAAAAUCAAAACUAAUCUUCACACCAGUUCACCAUUUGUCCCAAACCAGCCAAGUCCAAUAACCAGUCUAAAACUGAGUUCAACUUUCAUCCUAAACUAGUCUAAAAUUUGGUCCAACAUCUGUCCCAAACUAGUCUCUAAUGAAGUCCAAACCAGACAAAUACCAAGAUUGAAACCAGACCAAAACUAAUCUCACAAUCAGUCAAAAGACAAGUUCAACAUCUGUCCCAAACCAGUCUAAAGCUAGACAAUAACAGGUCAAGAACUAAGACCAAAACCAGACCCAAAUUAAUCUUAAAACCAGUCCGUUUGUCCAAAAGCAGUCAAAAAUCAAGGCUAAAGGGUUCAAAACCCUUCUCAAACGAAGGCCAAAACCUGUCCAACAGCAGCCUAAAACCAAUUUAUCAACAAUCUAGAACCAGUCUGUCAACAAUCUAGAACCAGUCUGUCAACAGUCUAGAACCAGUCUGUCAACAAUCUAGAAUCAGUCUGUCAACAAUCUAGAACCAGUCUGUCAACAAUGUAGAACCAGUGCACACCUGAGUCCAAAACUAGUCCCCCCCAAGACGAAAACCAGAUCAAAACCAAUCUUAAAACCAGUGCCACGUCUGUCCCAAACCGAGUCUAAAAGGAGUUCAUGUGUUCACAUUAAUGAACCGUUGUCAUGGCGACUGAUUCCCAGCUUCAAAUAAUGACAGGAAACAUCAAAAUCACCACAAUAAAAGCUUGAUCAGCCUCGUCCCAGUGAGUUAUUUUCUAAAGAUGAGCUGAAUUAUUAGAAAGGGCUGCUGUUUGAAAUGUAAUUCUGUUUGAUUAUUUUUAAACACUCUAAAUUCUUUGGCUGCAGCUUCUCCAGUGGGAUUUUUUUCUGGUUUCUAACAUAAACUGAAUGUUUUUAGACAAAAGGAAGCUCUGAUCCACAGUUUUUCACCAUUUUGUUUGGAUUCUGGCUGUCAUUUGUUUUGUCUGUAAUUUAAAACUAAUAAUAUUUACUUUAAGAAUAGAAUAAUAAAAUGCAUAAAAUGUUGUUUUAAAAAGCCAGCUCUGCCAUGAUGUGUUCAUCAGGCAGGUUGCCAUGGUAACCAGGGCCGUGCAGCCUGAUAACAUGAAGGCUGUCUGAGAUAAACACUCUGAUGGUCACACAGCGACAACAGCACUCUGACCUUUGACCUCUCCAAGGUCGUCCAGCUGCAUUAAAGUCUGCCUGCAGCCUCUGGCUUCAUUCUGCUCCUGGCUGCCAUCAUGUCCACCGGCCUCCUGGUCCUCCUGGUCCUCUUCAUCCUCCUCAUCUUCUUCAUCCUCCGACGGUCCAGACCUAGACCCAGAGCUCCGUCUGCUGCUCCCCAGACUCGGAGCUCCAUCCCUGGGCUGCCGAGGCUCCCAGUCCUGGGCAGUCUGCCCUGGAUGAGAGGAGACGUUGCUCCAUACCUGAUGUUCACCAGACUGGGCCGCAGGUUGGGUCCUCUGUUUGCGCUGCAUGUGGGGCCUCACUACACCGUGGUGGUCAACAGUCAUGAACACGCCAGAGAGGUUCUACUGCAGAGAGGGAAGGACUUCGCUGGACGGCCCGACAUGGUCACCACCAACCUGCUGACCAGAGGCGGGAAAGACAUCGCGUUUUGUGACUUCUCUCCUCUGUGGAAGUUUCAUCGCCGCCUCGUCCACAACUCCUUCACUCUGUUUGGAGAAGGAACCAGCCGACUGCAGGACAUCGUUCUGUCGGCGGUGGACGGUCUCUGCGUGGAGCUGCUGUCCGGUGGGAGGCGGGGCUUCGACCCGUCGCCCGCGGUGACCAGAGCCGUCACCAACGUGGUGUGCACGCUGGUGUUCAGCGCCACCUAUCGCCACGGAGACGCAGAGCUGCAGGAAGUGAUGCGGUACAACGACGGCAUCGUGCAGACGAUCGCCAGAGGAGGACUGGUGGACAUUUACCCCUGGAUGAAGGUUUUUCCUAAUCAGACUCUGAGGAAGCUGAAGGAGUCCAUCAGGAUCAGAGACCAGCUGUUGACCCGCAAACUGGAGGAACACAAGGCGUCUCUGAGUGACGGUGACCCCCACGACCUGCUGGACGCUCUGCUGAAGGGCCAGACGGGGGGUGGGCGGGGCCAGAAGUCCCCUGGGUGGGAGGGGGCGGGGAUAACGGACGACCACGUCCUGAUGACGGCGGCCGAAGCUUUCGGAGCCGGAGUGGAGACGACGUCCACCACGCUGCUGUGGAUCCUGGCCUACCUGCUGCACCACCCCGAGGUCCAGGAGCGUGUGCAGAAGGAGCUGGAUGAACAGGUGGGCGGUGAGCGAGCGGUGAGUGUGUCGGACCGCGGCCGGCUGCCGUACCUGGACUGUGUGAUCAACGAGGGAAUGAGGAUCCGACCGGUGAGCCCGGUGCUGAUCCCCCACAUGGCUAUGAAGGACAGCAGCAUCGGAGGUCACGCUGUCCGUCGUGGGACCCGUGUUCUGGUCAACAUGUGGUCGAUUCACCACGACCCCCGACACUGGGACAAACCGGACCUGUUCAACCCAGACCGUUUCCUUGACGACCAGGGGCAGCGUGUCACGCCUUCCUGCUUUCUGCCGUUUGGAGCGGGGCCUCGAGUCUGUGUUGGCGAAUCGCUGGCCAGGCUGGAGCUCUUCCUCUUCCUGUCAUCUCUGCUCCAGCGAAUGAGCUUCAGGCUGCCAAACGGCAACGCCCCGCCCAACCUGCAGGGGCGUCUGGGCGUGGUCCUGCAGCCACUGCCUUAUAAGGUCAUCGUCACGCCAAGGCCGGGGUGGGAGGGCGGGGCCAAGUGAGGGGAGGAUCUUAGAGUCAAGCUCAGCGGUAAGAAAGUGAAAUGUGAUGCUAAAAUGCUAACAUCUCUGUUGCUUUGAUGAAAGUUUUUUUUUAAGUAAAAUAAAUCCGUCGUCUGCAGUGAAGUUUAGCAUCACACUUAUAUUUAUGAGUGAAACUACAGAUGUCAACAUUGUCAGUGUUGUUAACCGCUCUGUUUAGAAAUUAGCAUAAAAAAUAUUUCAAACAGCAUCAGAAUCCAACCCAAAAACUACCACUGUUACCUAAAGUCUUUUUCAAAAUAUGCAUUUAAUUUUACUGUAAAUUUCUGAAAUCAAGAUUACAUUGAAGGUUAUUUUG